UCCAGCCCGCUUUUUCCAACCGCUUGGUUGCUAGGUGUUUUUUUAGCGUCCUAUCUGUGUACGGUUGCUAACUAAUGGCUAGUUGAACAAUAUGGUCAGCGAAGCCCAUGAGCCUUGUCUAUAAUGGAUUGUAAAAGUUGUAGUCGCGGACGAACACCUUGAAAGCGACAUACAGCCCAUAUUCACGAAUGUGUGCAAAAGGCAGAAUGCUCGAUGGAAAUACUAAAGAUAUUUAAUGAGUGGAUACUUGAAAGGUUUUGGUCACUCACAUGAGUUCCGGGGAGACAAACACGAUGGGGGACAUCCUGGCAACAGAAGCCGAUCUUCUAGGGAUAAUCAAAGAGUACCUUAAGUUUCAGGAAUUUGAAGAAACUGUUGACUGUUUUGACAAGGAGUGCAAAGGCAAAGGCAAGCUCAUCUCCAAACCUCACGUAAAUACCGUCAGAAACUCAAAGGUUCACAGCAUUCAGAAAGACCUUCUUAGUUCCUUUGAUGAUGGAGAUCCAAAAGUGUUCUUUGAACUGUGGACGGAGAACAUUCCCUCUGAGAUAAAAGACACAGACACCGAAGCCCAGAGCCUUGAGUUUUACCUUCACAUCCACUUCACUAUCUACCCACUGAGGAGGCACCCGGGGAGACACGACCGAGCUGAAUUUGAGGAGAGGAUUUCCCGCUUUAAACGCUACCUGGAGACUCGGGGAGCAGCACUGAGUCAGACAGCAAAGUUUCUCCCUUAUUACGCCUUGCCCUUCGUUCCCGACCCAACUGUCCACCCCUCCUUCAAAGACCUUUUCCAGGAUUCCUGGAUACCACAAUUGAAGGAUAAGCUGGAGCCAUUUCUGUCCGGGACCCUGAAGCCGUCCAACACCCCAAGGCUGCUGAGCUUAUAUAAGGAGGGAGGGAGUACUAAAGAGGCCAUGCAUCAGUUGCACCUCCAUAUGAUCGAAUCGGACCGGCGCAUCGCAAGCUACGUGCGCAAGUUACACAAGAUGCAGGCCGACUAUCACAACCAUGGAAUCAGCGCCGAGCUGGUCGACUCUUUGGAGGCCACAGUCAGUGGAAAAAUGAUCUCCCCCGAGUACCUGCAGAGUGUGUUUGUUCGCCUGUUCAGCAGCCAGAUGAGACAGAGUGCGGUGCAGAGCACUGACUUCACCAGACCUGGCACCGGAUAUUACUCUAUGAGUCCCUUUGACGAUGGCUAUGCCUCCUCCAUGCUACGAGCAUCCAUUGCGCCACAGAAGUCCAGGGAGGUGCCAAUGCUGCCCUCGCUGGACUACGAGAAGCUGAAGAAAGACCUGGUCCAGGGCCCAGACCGACUCAAGUGCCUGCUGCUCCAGGCGCUGCGCUGGAGACUGACUCGCUCGCUCCCCGGUGAACAGAGAGACACAGUACUUCAGGCCUUCAUCAGCAACGACCUGCUGGAGCGCUACAGCACAAAACAAAAAACUUUGCUUCAAUUGAUGAGAUCGAAGAACGAGAUUGUCCGGCAAUACAUGGCUCGUCUCAUCAAUGCGUUUGCUUCCUUAGCAGAAGGCCGGGUUUACCUCUCCCAAAUCCCCGUUCUUCUAAAACCUCUAAUGGAGGCGCUCAGGACGGAGGAAAAAGACUCUCUGACGAGAGAGAAUGUGCUGGUGGCCCUGCAGAAGCUCAGCCUCAGGAGGAGCCAGCAGACUGCCAUGAUAGCAGCCAAUCUGAUUGACUGGCUGGUGGAUGAGCUGCAGGACUCAGACUGCCUGAGUGACUACACCCUGCAGUAUGCUGCCGCUCUGCUCCUGAACCUGUGUCUGCGGACAAAAGGAAAAAGGAAGUGUGCAGAAAAUGCCAGGCAUGUGUUAAAGGUUCUAACUGACGUCCUUGGACAUGAGAACCACGAGAUUCGACCAUAUGUGAACGGAGCUCUGUACAGUAUUCUGUGUAUACCGUCUGUGCGACAGGAAGCAAAAGAGAUGAGUGUGGAGGAGAUUCUCCACUGCUACAGCAAGGAGGAGAACCCAGACCUCAACAGACAGAUCGGUUUCAUCAUUAAACAGCUAAACUCAGCGGAUGAAGAGGGACCAGAGUCAGAUGAUGAGGAAGAUGAGGACGACGAUGAUGAAGACCUAACGGAGCCAGACCUCGAUGCAGAAGAAGUCCUCCAACCACAGCCCAGGGAAGCGUCUGGGGAGAGUCUGCUAACUACAGAGUACCUGGGAAUUAUGACCAACUUGGGGAAAGUGAAGAGGAAGUCAACCCCUCUGUCCCAACAGAGUGCCGAUGAACCCCUACAACGGCCCGUCACGCCGAGCUCUCACCGCCAUUUCAACGUUGUGGAUUAUCGGUCCGACGGUCCAGCGGUUGAGCGUAACAGGGACAGGGAAUUCCCCUUCAGCGGACAGAAGAGCGAGGAAGGAACCCUGCCUCCUUCUCGAUACUACUCCCGACCUCCUACGCGCUCCGGCAGUCGCCCCAGCACUGCUGACUCCCUACGCCACAGUGUCGACUCAGAGUGCGGCCGGUUGUCCCAGGAGUCAGAGUUGGACGGGCCAUUCGAAGGGCAAUCCAGAAAAAGUUGUUCCCAGGAGGAACACAACGGACAGUCGGCCAGUGAUUAUCUUCCUGCAUUCACAAGCCAGCCCAAGACUCCCCGCACACCCGACGCGGCACCCGGCCAGAGCGUGGGCGCUCACCGGGCUCGAGGCCCGCCGCUGGCCCCCCAGUUCUCCCACUCGGAGCCUCAGCAGAGCAGCCGGCCGGGCUCCGCGAGCGCCACGGGUGAAAGGGGACAACGAAGUGGAACCCUCCCUCCUUCAGGCAGCCCGUCAAACCGGAGGUGAAGAGGGAGCUAUCCCCAUGGAAGAGCGCUAUCUUCCCGGGGGCAUCUAGCUUCCUGUAACAUCAUCCGCUGACGUUGUGAACAGGGUCAGGGCGACAGAGAUGGUCGAGGAUCAGCAGCAGCGAGAAGGGGCUCAAACAAUGCAAAGCAUUGUACCCCCCAUUUGGCUUCAGCACAGACUUUUCCUGGAACAUGAUAUGGACAAUAACCACAACCGCCAGCCGUCCAACCAACAUCCUCCAGCUAUAAAGAAAAAAGACAAGAAGCGUGUAAUUUAACUUGGCAGAAUGUGUUAAGUGUUAGGGGAUAAAUCCACAAUAUUUUUAUUUAUGUCAAAAUGUUUUUCCCUGGUUUUACUCAUGAAGGAAUGGUUCAGGUUUUCUGACAGAACUAGACAGAGAGAUUUUCUGUUAAUAUCCCAUAGGAUAUUGCAUUGGAAAUCGUGAAGGGAAACAACUCUUUUGUCUUUGAAUUUAUUGUACAGAUAUUAAAACAUUGUUUUUUUAGUUGUCAUCUUGAUUAAAUGAAUCGGAAAUCUUAGCUUUUCACUACGUACUGUAUAUUUAUAAUUUUGACUAGUUGAAAAUAUCAAUCCACAUGAACGAAUAAUUGUACAGGCUUUGCUUCAAAUAUAAGGCAUCAUUUCAUAUCAGAGUUGCUGCUCUUGUUUAACUUAUGCUUCAGGAUGUGCUUGGAGAAAGACGUGUCGUCUGUUUUUUGUUGUUGUUUGUAAUAUUUAAAAGUGUUUAUUGUUAUUACAGAAAUCCCUACAUCAGACUAAAAACAACUUUGUGAACGUUUUCCAGCAGUAAACUUGUACCGGUGCAUUUCUGUUAUCAAGCAAUUUGAUAGUAAUUCAUUUUGGUACGGUUUGUUGUUUUAAAUGUGACAUGUUUUUUCUUGGUUGUUUGAAUUUCUCAACUCGUUAACCCUUGCUGAUGCAGUUUGAGCUCGGUGCUACAUCCCGAUUGGCUACCGUUCAGAGCUGCACCGCAAUCUUGGAUCAUAAAACACUUCCUGUUGCGCAAUUACUGCCUGUUGUGUUGUGACCACCCAGGGUUACAUGCUCGUAAGAGAUUGCUGCUCUCAUGUCAUUUUGUAAACUGAAAGCUAUGUCGCACUCUGCAACUCACCUCCCAAAUGUUCUGACAUGCUGGAGUUUUCAAUUAAAAUCCGCAUGAAUAGUGAUCAUCAAGACAUAGUGUAAGAUCUGCUCCAAGACCAUUGCCACUGGGUACAAGCUAGCCAGUUCACCCAACUCUUCAUGGACGACAUGGACGGUGAAGCCCCUUCACGAGGAACCGUUGGAUCCGUGCAAGGCAAAAAAACAAACCGGUGUUCAUUCUCAGCACACAGAUGCAAUGCAGUUAGUGGUCUGUGUGGAACCAGGAAAUAUUUUCACGGUGAGGAGAUAUUGGUGGGCUUUGCUGCGGCAACUUUGCGUCUCUGCUUUCAGUUUGGCAAUCAUUGAUGAAAGUCAGAAAAGGUGAAAUCAAUGAAUGAGAAAGGUGUGUCAAAAAAGAAGAGGCAAAUCGUGUAAUACUAUCGACUUUAACCUGGUUCCACACUCUUCAAAGAGAGCUUUUUUAGACGCCCGCUAUUCUACUAUUUUCUCAAAAACGGGCAGUGCAAGUGCUGUGGGUGAAUGGGAGGUUUCCAAAGUACUCAAAUUUGUUUACCCAAGGGGUGUUGCAUGAGUGACUGAUUGCAACGUAACCUUCCGCUCCGUGGGUGACGGCAGUGCUGACCCUCAAAUAUUGGUGUGAAUAAUAAAGAGAAUGAUUGACCAAUUCCA